AUGGAUCCAAAUGGACAGGGCGACGUGACCAGAGGGGCCACUUCGGUGGAAGAGAACAUGGAGGAGAAACAGAGAUCAGCCUUGGGAAUAACUACAGAACAUCAACUCGACACCGAAAUAUCAGAAAAGACUCCCAGAACACCAGUCUCGGCCGCUCCAAAAUCCCCAAAUUCUCCCGUAUCUCCAGACUCCCCUUCGUCUGAUGAUUCUCGCGCCGUUGAUCUCAGGAAACUCGAUUCGGAAAUCGUUCAAGUGCGCGAAGUCCCAGAGGGCGACGCUGCUCUGGCUCAUCUGCCUGAAAAUGAAAGACUGGUUCUCAAAAGGCAGCUGGAUGUUCCGGAUGUCAAAGUCACAUAUUUCUCCCUGUACAGAUACGCCACGACAUGGGACAAGGUUUUCAUCGCUAUUGCGGUCUUCACCGCAGUCGGAGCGGGCGCGGUUAUGCCAUUGAUGACGGUGAUUUUUGGAAACUUGAGUGGCCAAUUCCAAGGCUUAGCUCUAGGAACUGCGCUGAAUUUCAAGUCGAUCUUGAACACCUACGUUCUCUACUUUGUCUAUUUGGCAGUUGGAGAAUUCGUCCUAAUCUAUACGUCGACCGUUCUCUUUAUCUAUACCGGCGAGCACAUCACCUCCAAGGUCCGAGAACAGUAUCUCAGAGCGAUCCUGAGCCAGAACAUUGGCUAUUUCGACAAAAUUGGAGCUGGAGCCGUCACCACCAUGAUUACUGCUAAUACCAACCUGAUUCAAGAGGCCAUCAGCGAAAAGGUCGGUCUCACUCUCACUGGAGUCGCGGCUUUCUUUGCUGCUUUUGUCAUUGGCUUCAUCAAGUUCUGGAAACUUACAUUGAUUUGCAUGAGCUCCGUUGUAGCCAUUGUUGUUCUGAUGGGCGCUGGCGGUAGAAAGAUGUCUGGCUGGAACAAAAAAUCCCUAGCCGCAUAUGCCAUUGGAGGCUCAGUCGCCGAAGAAGUGCUUGCAUCCAUUCGAAACGCUGUUGCAUUUGGUACACAGGACAAACUGGCGAAACAAUACGACAUUCACCUUCAAGAGGCACGACAUUGGGGCAUCCGUAGCAAGGCUGCUCUUGGCUGCAUGAUCGGAUCUCUUUUGUGCAUCAUCUUCCUGAACUAUGGCCUGGCUUUUUGGAUGGGAUCUCGAUUCCUCAUUAGUGGUGAGACGACCUUGGCUCAGAUUCUCACCAUUGUUUUGGCUGUCAUGAUCGGCGCCUUCUCUUUUGGAAAUGUUGGGCCAAACAUACAACAUUUUGCUGCUGGUGUGGCUGCGGCAUCCAAGAUUUAUGCCACUAUUGACCGGGCAUCCCCAUUGAAUCCAUUGUCAGAUCAAGGAGCGACACUUGAACAUGUGGAAGGUGCUGUGGAACUCAGGAAUAUCAAGCACAUCUAUCCUUCACGAGCAGAAGUUGUUGUCAUGGAAGAUGUCAGCUUGAACAUCCCCGCAGGCAAGACCACGGCUUUGGUUGGUGCAUCUGGUUCGGGCAAAUCUACGAUUGUUGGGCUAGUGGAACGAUUCUAUGACCCAGUUGGAGGUGCUGUCUAUUUGGAUGGUCACGACAUAAGCACUUUGAAUUUGCAUUGGCUCCGUCAACAGAUUGCUUUGGUGCAGCAAGAGCCCGUCCUCUUCAGCCAAACCAUCAAAGAAAACAUCAAGAACGGAUUAAUCGGCUCCAAAUACGAAGAAGAGUCUGAAGAGAAACAAAUGAUUCGAAUCAUUGACGCUGCCAAGAAGGCCAAUGCACACGACUUCAUCUCUUCUCUCCCGAAUGGAUACGAGACUCAUGUUGGUGAGCGUGGUUUCCUGUUGUCUGGUGGUCAGAAACAGCGAGUUGCAAUUGCCAGAGCAGUUGUCAGCGAUCCCAAAAUCCUGCUACUGGAUGAGGCUACGUCUGCACUGGAUACUAAAUCGGAAGGAGUCGUUCAGGCGGCUCUCGAUGAGGCAGCAAAGGGUCGAACCACUAUUGUCAUUGCUCAUCGCUUGUCGACGAUCAAGACCGCGGACAACAUUGUUGUAAUGCAAAAUGGGAGAAUUAUCGAGCAGGGUACUCAUGAUGAGUUGCUCGAACUCAAGGGCGCAUACUAUAACUUGGUCUCUGCCCAACGUAUUGGUGGCGACAAAGACGAUGAUUCUGAGAAGGACGUCGAAGGCGGUGAUGAAGAAAUGGCUCGAAUACAGUCCAAGAGAUCUGCAAGCUUGGCAGGUGUCGAUCCAGACGACGAGAAACUCGCCCUUGGUCGGUCCAAAAGUCAGAAAUCUAUUUCGUCAAACAUUCUCGCCGAAAAAUCACAGGACGGUCAGGCUCGAUACUCUCUUGGCACAUUGAUCAAAUUCAUCGCUCGCUUCAACCGCACAGAAUGGCGUUUGAUGAUGGUUGGAUUCUUCUUCAGUUUCAUUGCCGGCUCCGCUCAGCCUGUUCAGGGUAUCUUCUUUGCCAAGUCAAUCGUAUCAUUGUCUCAGCCGCUCCCUGAAAAAGCAGACCAGAUCCGCAGUGAUAUCAGCUUCUGGUCACUGAUGUAUUUGAUGUUGGCAUUUGUUGAUCUCAUUGCAAUGGUCGUUCAAGGGACUGCCUUUGCCUAUUGCAGUGAGAGUCUAGUGCAGCGGGCUCGCGAUGGUGCAUUCCGGAGAUUUUUGAGACAAGACAUCUCCUUUUUUGACGAGGAACAGAACUCUACAGGUGCCCUAACGUCAUAUCUAUCAACCGAAACAACACAUCUGGCCGCAAUUUCUGGAGCAACUUUGGGCACGCUGAUCAGUUGUACUUCAACGCUGGUUGUGGCUGUCGUCAUAUCUCUGGCAAUUGGCUGGAAGUUGGCACUUGUCUGCUGCUGUGCUCUUCCUGUUAUUCUCGGGACUGGAUUCUUCAGAUUCUACAUUUUGGCCAAAUUUACCGCUACCGCACAAAAGCAUUAUGAAAAAUCGGCUGGAUACGCCUGCGAGCACACCAACGCGAUCAGAACUGUGGCUUCCUUAACCACUGAAUCGGAAAUUUAUGGCGAAUACCGACGACAACUUCGAGAUCAGCUUGGUGUAUCUCUGAAAGCCAACUUACGUAACUCGUCAUUGUACGCAGCUUCACAAUCAGCAAUGUAUUUGGCAUUUGCAUUGGGCUUCUGGUAUGGUGGCCAGCUUAUGGCAAGUGGCGAGUACACUAUGUUCCAAUUCUUCAUUGUCUUCUCCGAAAUCAUCUUCGGAGCACAGUCUGCUGGAACAGUGUUUUCAUUUGCUGGAGAUAUGUCCAAGGCUAGAAAUGCAGCCGCUUCGUUGAAGAAGUUGUAUGACCGUCAACCCACGAUCGAUCCAUGGUCAACGGACGGGGAAUCUAUCGAAACUGUUGAGGGCUCGAUCGAGUUCCGAGAUGUUCAUUUCCGUUACCCUACCCGACCUGAUGUACCUGUGCUUCGUGGCCUCAACCUGAUUGUCAAGCCUGGACAGUAUGUUGCACUUGUUGGUGCUUCGGGUUGUGGAAAAUCGACAACAAUUGCAAUGAUGGAACGCUUCUACGACCCCUUAGCGGGCGGGGUCUAUAUUGACGGCCUGGAGAUCUCGAGGCUGAACUUGAACGACUAUAGGGCACAGCUUGCCUUGGUCUCACAAGAGCCCACUCUGUACCAAGGCACAAUCAAGGACAAUGUACUCCUUGGUGUGGAUAGGGGGGAAGUGAGCGACGAACAAGUCAUUCGUGCGUGCAAGAAUGCUAACAUUUACGAUUUCAUCAUGUCGUUGCCUGAUGGAUUUGCUACCGAUGUUGGAAGUAAAGCAGCCUUACUUUCAGGCGGUCAAAAACAACGUAUCGCAAUUGCUCGAGCACUAAUCCGCGAUCCCAAGGUGUUGCUCCUCGAUGAAGCAACAUCUGCGCUAGAUUCCGAAUCGGAGAAGGUCGUACAAGCCGCCCUUGACGCAGCCGCCAAAGGCCGAACAACCAUUGCUGUAGCACAUCGACUCAGCACGAUUCAGAAAGCAGACGUUAUCUACGUAUUCGAUAAGGGCGUCAUUGCCGAGUCCGGGACACAUUCGGAACUGAUGGCACUAAAAGGAAGAUACCGAGAGCUAGUCAGUCUCCAAAGUCUGGAAAAACAGCACUAA